AUGGGCGUGCAUGUGGUGGAGGGGCAGAAUGCAGGGCGCUGGGAUCAGCAAUUCAGCGACCUCGACCAAGUGCGGAAACCCGGAGAGUAUCCACGGUGGUUCCUCCACUACAAGCGGGCGGCCGAAGAAACCAAGCACGGCAUCCUCAUCCUUCAGCUGACGAACGACUACUUCAAGUCCAAGGCAUGCCGCUGGGAGUUUGGCUACGUGCGCAAGCCCGAGCUCGUGCACGUCUUCGUCCAUGGCGCGGAUGGGCCGCAGAUCUUGCGCUGGCAGGAGUUGAUGGCGAGGCCGGCACUCUGCAAGCAAGCCUUUGGGGGCACGAGCGAUGAUCGCGCACAGCUGAACCAGGUGGCCGAGAACAUGGCCAGCGAUGAGGAGGUGAAGGCCAUGGCGGAUCUCUUGCACGCCUUGCACCAGGUGGGCAAGGCUGCAGACUUUGUGGAGGCUCAAGAGCACCAGGCCUGGUGUGAGCUGCCCCUGCGGGAGAUGUCCUAUGCCCUGGCAACCGAAAGCCUUGGCGAAGAGAGCGAUCCAGCACUUAAUGCUGCGAAUCGCCUCAUGGUGUGCUUGAUGCAAACAGGCCACGAUGAGCGGGCUGUGGGCAUGGGGACCAGGCUGCUGGAGAUUGAGGAGCGUCACUACCGUGCAGACCACCUUUGGGUAGCGAUGACCCUCAACAACCUGGGGAAUGCCUAUGGAGAGUUGGGCGACUACCAGCGGCAGACGGAGCUUCUGGAACAAGGCCUCAAGAUCAACCAGCAACACUACGGUGCAGACCACCCCGAGGUGGCGAAGAUCCUCAACAACCUGGGGAAUGCCUAUGGAAAGCUGGGCGACUACCAGCGGCGGAAGGAGCUGCUGGAACAAGGCCUCAAGAUCGAGGAGAAACACUACGGACCAGACCACCCCGAUGUGGCGAUGACCCUCAACAACCUGGGGAAUGCCUAUGGAGACUUGGGCGACUUCCAGCGGAAGAAGGAGCUUCUGGAACAAGGCCUCAAGAUCAACGAGCAACACUACGGUGCAGACCACCCGGAGGUGGCGUCGAUGCUCAACAACCUGGGGAAUGCCUAUGGAAAGCUGGGCGACUACCAGCGGCGGAAGGAGCUGCUGGAACAAGGCCUCAAGAUCGAUCAGCAACACUACGGACCAGACCACCCGGAGGUGGCGAUGACCCUCAACGACCUGGGAACUGCCUAUGUGGAGUUGGGCGACUACCAGCGGAAGAAGGAGCUUCUGGAACAAUGCCUCAGGAUCGAGGAGCAACACUACGGUGCAGACCACCCUCAGGUGGCGAAGACCCUCGGCAACCUGGGGACUGCCUAUGGAGACUUGGGCGACUACCAGCGGCAGAAGGAGUCGCUGGAGCGAUGCCUUAAGAUCAAGGAGCAACAUUACGGUGCAGACCACCCUCAGGUGGCGAAGAUCCUCAACAACCUGGGGAAUGCCUAUGGAAAGCUGGGCGACUACCAGCGGCGGAAGGAGCUGCUGGAACAAGGCCUCAAGAUCGAGGAGAAACACUACGGACCAGACCACCCCGAUGUGGCGAUGACCCUCAACAACCUGGGAAAUACCUAUGGAGACUUGGGCGACUACCAGCGGCAGAAGGAGCUGCUGGAGCGAUGCCUUAAGAUCAAGGAGCAACACUACGGUGCAGACCACCCUCAGGUGGCGAAGACCCUCGGCAACCUGGGGACUGCCUAUGGAGACUUGGGCGACUACCAGCGGCAGAAGGAGCUUCUGGAACAAGGCCUCAAGAUCAACGAGCAACACUACGGUGCAGACCACCCGGAGGUGGCGUCGAUGCUCAACAACCUGGGGAAUGCCUAUGGAAAGCUGGGCGACUACCAGCGGCGGAAGGAGCUGCUGGAACAAGGCCUCAAGAUCGAGGAGAAACACUACGGACCAGACCACCCCAAGGUGGCGAUGACCCUCAACAACCUGGGAACUGCCUAUGGGGAGUUGGGCGACUACCAGCGGCAGAAGGAGCUGCUGGAGCGAUGCCUCAGGAUCGAGGAGCAACACCACGUUGCAGACCACCCAGAGGUGGCGACGCUGCUCAGCAACCUGGGGAGUGCCUAUGGAGUCUUGGGCGACUACCAGCGGGCGAAGGAGCUGCUGGAGCGGUCGUUGGAGAUCUUCCAGCGCUCGCUUGGGCCCGGGCAUCCGUUAGUGGACCAGGUGCGCCGCAAUCUUCGAGUCGCAUGUGCGCAGCUGGAAAGCUCGAGGCUGGGACCCCCCCAACAAAGCAAAACAAAAUGCAGAGAUCCUGAGGCCCAAGGCCUAUGCUCCUGCCACCGCCAAGGACAGCCAAGGACUGCGGGCAUCGACUCGGCCCUGCAGCAACCAGACUCGAAGGAUUAUGCUGAGGGCCUGGAGGGCUGCACUCAAAAUCACUAA